AUGAUGAGUUCCCCUGGCAGGGCCAGCACCGCGUUUCCCCUGCACGUCCUGGUCUGGAAUAAUGACUACAGGCGGCUGGACGAGGAGCUGCAGGACAAGGAUGUUGAUCAACGUGAUCCACGAGGCCGGACCUUGUUGCACCUUGCUGUUUCCUUGGGUUAUAUAGAAUCUGCCAAAGUCCUCCUUCAACACAAGGCGGACGUAACGAAAGAGAAUGCACAGGGAUGGACAGUUUUACAUGAGGCUGUCAGUACAGGAGAUCCAGAGAUGGUACAAAUGAUUCUGCAGCAUCGGGACUACCAGCAGACCUCUAUGACACUUGGAGGAGUUCCGGAAUUACUCCAAAAGAUUAAUGAGACUCCUGACUUUUAUGUGGAAAUGAAAUGGGAGUUCACUAGCUGGGUCCCACUGGUUUCUAGAGUUUGUCCAAGUGACGUCUGCCGCAUCUGGAAAAGUGGUGCCAAGCUGCGUGUUGAUAUCACUUUGCUGGGCUUUGAAAAUAUGAGCUGGGAGAGAGGAAGGCGUAGUUUAAUUUUCAAGGGAGAAGAUACCGGAGGUUGGGCAGAGCUAAUUGAGAUAAAUCAUGAUGAUAAGUUUGUUACAACGGAGCGUUUUGAGAUUUCCCAACACAUGAAACGUUUGACACUGGGAUCUAUGACACCAAAAAGAAAAGAUGUGGAAAGGCGCCUUACGUCUCCAAUUAUUAAUACGUGCCUUGAUACAAAAAAUAUUGCUUUUGAAAGAACUACAUCUGGAUUCUGGGUGUGGAGGACAGAAAAGGCGGAAGGUGUAAAUGGUUAUGAAGCAAAGGUAUACAUUGCAAACAAUGUGAAUGUGGUCACAAAAAUCCGAACGGAACAUUUAACAGAAGAGGAGAAGAAAAGAUACAAAGCUGACAGGAACCCACUGGAAUCAUUUCUGGGUACAGUGGAACAUGAGUAUGGUGCUCAGAGUACGACCAAGACAACAGAGUAUGCCACAAGUAACAAUCCUACUGCUAUCACUCUGGAGGAGUACUUUGACCCAGAAUUUGAUUUGAAAGGUAGAGAUAUAGGAAGACCGAAAGAAGUCACCAUUCGAACGCAGAAAUUUAAAGCAACCUUGUGGAUGAGUGAAGAGUUUCCCUUGUCUCUUAUGGAACAAGUCACGCCAAUCAUUGAUCUGAUGGCCAGAACUAGUGCGCAUUUUGCCAGGCUUAGGGAUUUCAUCACUCUGGAAUUUCCACCAGGAUUUCCUGUCAAAAUUGAAAUUCCCCUAUUUCAUGUGCUGAAUGCUCGAAUUACAUUUGAAAAUGUCAAUGGCUGCAGGACAGCUGACAAAACAUCGUCACAAAUGGUUGGAGGUGCACAGUGUGAUUCAGGCGCUAAUUUUGAGGUUGACCAGUCAGUGUUUGAGAUCCCCAAAUCUUACCACAUCCAAGAUGAUGGCAGGAAUAUACACGUGCAGGAUGAAGAUAAUGAGAUCAUGCAGUUUGCUAUUCAGCAGAGUUUGUUGGAAUCCGGUGGAAAUAAAGAAGUGGGGGUGCAGUCCAAUGGAGCAGUUGCAUAUUCACAGGACUUCAAUAUACAGUAUCAGAGGGCACUGCAGGAGAGCUAUCUAACAAGCUCAGGUAACUCACACUGCAGCACCCCCAGUGAACCUUCCAGUUUUGAAAAAGACUUACAGCUUGCCAUGGAGUUGUCUGUCCGGGAGCAGGAGGAACGGGAGAAGCAACGUCGUGAAGAGGAAGAUGCAGAGCUUCAGCAAGUUUUACGGCUUUCGCUUGUGGAGAAAUAACUCCUUAGCGACCUCCUGAAAUAAGGAUGACCGAAUCUGCAUCAAGCUGAAGGCUUUCAGAGCUAUCAGUCUGAAGACCACUCCUGGAUUGCCUAAGUAAACAUUUCACCUGCCUUCUAAGUUGGCAUCGUCAGCUACA